UCCAAGCUUUUUACUGCACAUAACAAAUGUAUCAAUGUACCCAUCUAGGGAGGUAAGAUCUUACUUCCUUCAUACUUCAUCAUCGCCUUAUUGGAAGGCGUGAAUAUAUGUCUUCCGUUUAAACAAUUCCCCCUGCUUUCAAUGUCCCACUUUUUGGAUAACAGUCAAACAACGAGAUCAAGCUGCAUCCUUCCCUUCCAUUCCCGUCUGAUAGGUUUAUCUUCGGAUGCAGCUCUCUCCGCUUUUAAUGCUUAUCAGCUCCCGUUCCACAAGCUUUCAGCACAUAUCAGGAAGCUCUUGAAUUAGCCUACAGGAAGUGAAUAUAGCCUCUGCAUAUGGUAUAGAUGUGGACCGUGAGCUUUGUGGUCAUUGAAUAACGCAAUAGGACCUUACAUUAACGUCAGCAUAACCCCGUCAACCUUCAGAUCUUAAUGAUUCCUUUCUUCCACUUUUUUCACUACCUGUAACUCUCACUAACCUUCACCAUGGGUAGACUCAUAGAUGAAAAGGCCAUGGAGAGCAAUGAGCAUACCCCAUUAAUCGCGACGCUCGUUGUUGCUCCACCGCGACAAAGAUAUCAACAUAAUACCAUUCGUCGAUUCGUCACCAUCGCAGCAACUUGUUGUUUAAUCGUCGCCGUUUUCCUAUUCUUACUACCCCUUUCCUUCAUUCCUCGACAUCAUAGGCAUUGGCACCACGAUGAACCUUAUCAAGAAUCAUCUGCUUCCAUCACGUACGAAGAACUUCAACAAAUAUUACUCGACACUCCAAAGGCCGAAAAGGCAAGAGAAUGGAGUAAAUAUUAUACAUCUGGACCUCAUGUAGCUGGAACAAAUAAGAGUCAGGUUCUUUGGACCCAGGAAAGAUGGCAGGAAUUUGGCAUUGAAUCUGAAGUCAUUUCCUAUGAUGUUUAUCUCAAUUAUCCUCGUGGUCAUCGACUUGCUUUAUAUGAAAAGAAAAACACCAAGGGUUCUGAUGUUGAGGAAUUGAAAGUCAAAUUUGAAGCUAGUUUGGAGGAAGAUGUACUUGAAGAGGACGAUACCAGUGGAUUGGACAGCAGAAUUCCAACCUUCCAUGGAUAUUCCGCAUAUGGAAAUGUCACCGCACCAUACGUUUACGUCAAUUAUGGUACCUACGGAGACUUUGAAGAUUUAAUAAGGCUCAACGUCAGUUUGGAAGGUAAGAUCGCUAUUGCAAGAUAUGGCGGCGUCUUUCGCGGUCUCAAGAUCAAACGCGCACAAGAACUGGGAAUGGUUGGAGCUGUUCUUUUCACUGACCCUGGUGAUGAUGGAGCGAAUACUGAAGAGAAUGGAGUUACUACGUACCCAGAAGGACCAGCCAGAAAUCCAAGUAGUGUCCAAAGAGGAAGUGCUCAAUUCCUUAGUAUUGCACCUGGAGAUCCGUAAGUCAUACCUUCUUGCAAUAUAUGACAGCAACCUAACUAUCUUGUAGAACCACCAUAGGAUAUCCUUCAAAACCUGGGGCUCCACGUCAACCUGUGGAUGGUAAAAUUCCCUCCAUUCCUUCUCUUCCAAUAUCUUAUGCCGAUGCUUUACCCAUUCUUAAGGCCUUAAAUGGCAUUGGACCUGGACCGAAAGAUUUAAACAAAUGGUGGGAUCGAAACCUUGGCUUGGCAUACAAAGGAGUAGAAUACAACAUUGGUCCCUCGCCAGACAAUAUCGUACUUAACCUCGUCAACGAUGUCGAAUAUGUUACCACACCUAUUUGGAAUUUGAUUGGUAUAAUCAAUGGAACCUUACCGGAUGAAGUUAUCAUUAUUGGAAACCAUCAUGAUGCUUGGAUUGUAGGUGGUGCUGGUGAUCCAAAUAGCGGUUCCGCAGCUCUCAAUGAAGUUGUUCGUAGUUUUGGUGUCGCUGUUUCAAAGGGAUGGAAACCAUUGCGUACAAUUGUAUUUGCAAGUUGGGAUGGUGAAGAAUAUGGCUUGGUUGGUUCAACUGAAUGGGUCGAGGAAUAUCUACCAUGGUUGAAUAAAGCUAAUGUGGCCUACAUCAACUGUGAUGUUGGUACUAGUGGACCUACUUUUGGAGCUUCGGCAAGUCCACUUCACAACAAAGCUUUAUACGAAGUCUUAAGCUUAGUUCAGUCACCUAAUCAAACAGUUCCAGGACAAACUGUUGGUGAUGUUUGGGAUGGAUCUAUUCAUACUAUGGGUAGUGGUAGUGAUUUUACAGCUUUUCAAGAUUUUGCCGGAGUUCCAUCAAUUGAUCUUGGAUUUGGACCAGAUGUUAACCACGAAGGCAAUGGUGGAGCUGUCUUCCAUUACCACUCUAAUUAUGAUUCGUUCUAUUGGAUGGAUACAUAUGGGGAUCCAGGAUUUCGUUAUCAUGAAGCCAUGUCAAAGAUUUGGGCUCUAUACACCGCCAAGAUGGCCGAAACUCCAAUUAUUUCUUUCAAUGCUACCGAUUAUGCCGACGCAUUACAAGGUUAUAUUAGCAAGACCGAGUCGAAGUUAGAUUCUAUUAUGAUUGGAUCUUCUUCUGACGGACAAGAUGAAGAAGCUCGAUUCCGUCCAAGUAAUAUCGAAACAAAGGGUGACAUCAAUACUUUGAAACUUUCCUUCAAACGCCUUCACCAUCGUGCUACUGCUCUUAAACACGCAGCGAUUCGUCAUGAUUCUUCUGCUGAAAUCCUUGCCAAACAAGCAGGUCAAGAUCUUCCAUGGUGGAAAUGGGCAUCUAAAGUCAAACUUUACUACAAGAUUCGAACAGUCAAUGAGAAAUACAAAUAUCUAGAGAGAAAGUUCUUAUACCCGGAAGGAUUAGAUGGUAGAUCAUGGUUUAAACAUGUGGUUUAUGCACCGGGACUUUGGACUGGUUAUGCAGGGGCUGUUUUCCCAGGUUUGGUUGAAAGUAUUGAUGCACAAGAUUAUGAGAAUGCGGAGAAGUGGAUUGGAAUUAUUUCGGAGUGUUUGGAAAGUGCGGCUGAGUGGUUAGCAUGAGGUUUUGAGGGACAAUUUCUGCGGGGUGGUAACGUGAAAUAGUAGAAAGAGAUACACACAGACAGAUGAUGGAAGGGGCUAGAGAGAUACAGGAUUACAGGAUUACAGGAUACAUACAUGAUGGUUUUAGUGAAAUAUACAUUAUAGACAGAAAACUUUCAAUACACAGAGUGCUAGAGGAUAUAAGUUCUUUCCUUUUCUUUUUAUACCGUCUGGUACUGGAUAGAUAUAUAAGAUAUACCUAAACAAUCCAAUACCCAAAUUC